AAAUCCAGCUGGGGGGAUACUCUGGAGAGGAGAUGCAGAGGAGACAUGACAGACAGGCAAGUAAGAACAGAGACCCGUUCACUGAGCCAGAGAAACGAAGCAAAAUUAACCACUCAAAGAGAAGUGUUGGAAGGCAUGAGGUGCGGUCCUGGGCAACAGCCACCAAGCAGUCUUUGUGUCUCAUGUGGCAAAAAGUGAAAGUGCAGCUAAUGCUAAGCAUGUCUUUCCUUGUUGCUGUUUCUUGGUAUUGCAGAAGGCUAUACAGCUUUUUAGCACAGCUACUGAAACGGUGGAGCAACUACCUUCAAAGAAAACUCAUAAGGAAUCUCAGUGUGCUAACAGAAGUUGAUCUACUUGGUUACAGUGCGAGAGAAUGGAAAGGAGAAACAAAGCAUGCCAAACACAUGAGGGAGGCAUAUGAAGAAUUAUUUUGGAGCUGCCAUAUCAAAUACCUGCGACAAGUCAGGAGGGACAACUAUUGUGUACUAAGAGCAGUGCUUUUUCAGAUAUUCAGCCAAGGCAUUCCUUUUCCAUCAUGGAUGAAGGAGAGAGAUAUAUUGAAGCUCCCUGAAAAGCUUUUGUAUUCUCAAGGUUGCAACUGGAUUCAGCAGUACAGUUUUGGGCCAGAAAGAUACACAGGUCCCAAUGCCUUUGGCAAAUUGCGCAAAUGCAUGGAGACAUUAAAGACAAAUUGGACUGAAAUAAGUGCUACUAAAAAUCAUGAAGAAAGAGGAAACCUGUGUAAUACACUCUUUUCUGAUGAGAGCAAGGAGCACAAACUAUAUGAGGCCAUAAAAUUCAUCAUGCUUUAUGAAGUUGUCGAAGCCUAUGAGCAGAUAAAGAACAGGGAAGAAGCCACACAUAACCUUUUUAGCCUUCUCCUUGCUCGUGAUUCUUCAUCUGACCCUUUGAGUUUCAUGAUGAAUCGUCUGAACUCCAUAGGUGACUCUAUUUGUCUAGACCAGGUUGAACUGUUUCUUCUUGGAUACUUACUUGAAGUAAAGAUAAGAGUUUACAGACUGCAUAGGUUUAAUACUGAGGAAUUUCAAGUAAACUAUCCAGAAGAAUACCGAAGGGAAUGGAAUGAGAUUUCUCUCCUGACCGAGGAUGACCGCUACUAUCACAUCCCCCUUUUCAGAACGUGAAGGACCAGUGACUUUCUUCCUUUGUAUAAUAUAGCAAGUGACCGGUUCCAGUGAGUUAGGUUUCUAAUCGGCAGCAGUAAGAUUUUGAGAAUGCUUGUUAAUGAUUACAAAAUGAUUUAUGGGUUUAUUGUGUAAAUAUUUUGCUUUCCCAUUGCAGCUCAAUUCACCAUCAGUCAGCCAUAUAUUGCUAUACUGUCUGGGGGGGAAAAAUGUCAUAUUUGAGGGUUGUCAGACAGAAUAGGUUGGACUGCAUGACAAAGGCAAAGGUAAUGCUGGGUUUUCUAUUGCUAGCCUAAGGGUUUCCUCUGACAUCUCUGGAUGGGUUAAAUGCAAGUUUCUACAGAAAUUGCUGCAUUUCUCUCCCCUGUCUCUAGCUAGGGAGGAGGAGGCAACUCCUGGGGUCCUACAGUUUAUACUCCAGGCUGUUAAACUUGCACUGACUUGGGGCUAACUGGGAUGAGAGGAUGUAAACUGGGGCCUCUGCAUAGCUGCUUCAAAUCCCACUUGUCUUCCCCUGUUACUAGAACUCUUCCCUCUAGGGAUGGGCAGAGCAAGCAGCUGCAAGCUGUGUACUUCAGACAUGAAAUUAAGCUGUCUGCACUCAGUGCUGCUAUCUGAAGGUGAAGAAGUGUUACACAGCAGGGGAAAAAAAAACAAAACACGCACACAGACACAAGAAUACUGUGCCAGAUUAAUA